CAAUAGGACUUUGGUGAUGAUGGCUCCCUUUACAUCACCAAGGUGACAACCAUCCAUAUGGGGAACUACAGCUGUCAUGCGUAUGGAUAUGAAGAGCUCUGCCAGACCCAUGUACUGCAGGUGAAUGGUUAGUAAUGGCAUAUACUUGACAUUUCACUGUCCUUCCAUGGUCAGAUUUUAGUUUGGCAUGUGGUCACCAGAAUUUUGACCUGACUAAAUGUGUAAUAGUUGCAGUUUGCAAUCAUCGCUGCGUUCUACGUUACAUUCCUUUUUUGUUUGAAUAGAUAACACAUAUUUAGAUAAAGUUAGAUGCUUUUGUGGAGGAGGGACAGUUAGAGUUGCCUUUCAGGGUCACGACUGGUAACCCCUGCCUCAGACUGUAAUGACAGCAACAGUAUUCAAAUCACAAAAUAUGGCAUUGAUUCCAACAUGUCCAACAUACUAUGAUAGAAAGCAAAUUAAGCCUAUAUGCAUGGCGUUCUAUUCACCAUACUCAAUUGAUUCCACCCUGAGCAUGUAAACCGUUUUAGCUACAGUACAUCAAAUAGCCAGCAGCAAGCAGCACAGAGGCUGCAGACAUUUAUCAAAGCACACUGCUUGACAAACUAAUUUGCAUAAGUAUUUUUUCGCUGAGACGACGUGUGAUUACCGGGCCUACCUCUUCAUUGAGGACCUUGAGAGAGCCAUCUGUACCGUAUCAAAUCAAAGAUAAUAAUCGCCAUUCUCAGAGCUUUGAUUCAUUCCAUAUGCAGAUAUGCAUAGAGUAAAAUAGCCUGAAAUGAUUUUCAAUUAACAGGGACAAUAGGUGGGAUUGCGUUGUGUUGUAAGGCAGGAUUUUGGCUAAUUGAAAAACGAUACAGCUGCAUCUGAGACCUGGCUUCAGCUGAAGAGGGAGAUAAAUGUUUGCUUCCUGGAAGGCAGGUUAUCUUGGAAGACAAUUACCAUGUAUUUCAAUUGUCCUUUUAUUUGGUCUUAUAAACAUGUACAGUGUUUUGUGCUAGACUCUGUUGUAAUGCAGUGCCUGUAGCUAUGUGUGUGGUACUGGUGUGAAACAAAAUCCUUUCUGCCUGUGUGCCUGCUGUGCCCCCUGUGCCUGGUGUGUGUGUGUGUGUGUGUGUGUGUGUGUGUGUGUGUGUGUGUCUAUAACAUCCUGCCGCUCCUAUCAAUGUUUCUUUGUGAUUGUGCCUCCCUGACUCCUCUCUCUUGUGGCUGUGUGCGUGUGUCUCUCUAAUUGCAUGUGUGUGUCUGUGCAUGUGUGCGUGUUUCUGUAUAUCCAGUUCCCCCAGUGAUCCUGGUCUACCCAGAGACGCAAGCCCAGGAGCCUGGUGUGUCUGCCAGCCUGCACUGCCACGCCGACGGCAUCCCCAACCCCAAGAUCCUGUGGCUGAAGAACGGCAUGGACCUGCAGCCCUCCAAGCAGCUCUCCCUCAUCGGUAAGGCACCAGGCUGCUGCUGCCUACACUGGCAAGACUGAGUGCAUCCCAAAUGACACCCUAUUGCCUAUAUAGAGAACUGGUUUUGACCAGGGCCCAUAGGUAACAUAUAGGGGUUAGGGUGCCAAUUGAGACGCACCCUGUUAUUACCAUCACAGCAGCUGCUGUUUACUAGACACACCAUUAUGCAGGGAACCAUGGAGGUGUUGCUAUGCUAGGUGCCAAUGUGUGUCACACCCUCCUGUGUUGCCAAAUCCAAGAUUAUGGUGACCGUUUUGAUUUUUGUUAUUUUGUCAGUUGAUUGCUUAGGCCACUGAUUUUAGAAGAGUAAAUAUCCAAUCCAAGAACAUAAAGAAAUAGAUGGAACAACAGUGUGUGAAAAGGAAACAUACAGCAGACAGCCAUGUUUAAUGGAAGUUUCAGUUUCCGAGGGGACAGAAGUGAGCGUCUUUUAUGGAGUAACCCUCAUUAGAUGGCAGUUUAUAGGCUGUGUGUGGGUCAUUACCUGUGAUAAUAGCCUGUUAUCAGGCUUCAGAUGCAGCUCAAACAAGGGAGGUUCUGCAAGCUUCACAUAUACAUUAACAUCCUGCAAUCCAGCUUCACGAAUCUGCCAACUCUCACUCUCACACACCAGUUUAGAGUUGGCAAAUCCUUGAAGCGGGAUUCUAGGAUGUUCAUUUAAUUGUUAUUUCAUCUGAUGAUAUCCUCAUACCUAGUAAGGGUUUAACAGAGUGCUCAAACCUUAGAGUCUACAGAAUGUGGUUGUUUUAGAGAGUGACACUCUUCAUGCAUUUUCCCUGAAUUUUUCAACAUUGGAUCAGUAAAUAGAUUUCCAACUCAGAGGCUAAUAUUGGCCUAAUGGAGCUCACAAUCUUUCCUGACAGUACUCACUAGCUAUGUUUCCAUCAAGUUGUCCAGUUAGUUUUUUGUUGACAUUUAGAAAGUUUGCAUAGAACAUAGAUGUGACAAUUGACUACUAUGGUGCAUUUGUGUCAAUAAUAACGGCUGGAGCUAAUGACGUCCAAAAAAUCUAGAAUGUCAAAUAAAAAUGAAGUGGUUGAAAUGUUUCCUUUAUCCAUUAAGGGUAAAUUCCGCAUUAAUAAAUUGGCGACAGCCUGUAUGCCCUCCCACCUAUCUAUUUCAUGUCUCAGGUAGCCCGCAAAAGCCUAAAUGGAUUUGACUGAUAUUUGCCAUAUUCUAAUAAUUAUCAUGUGCCAACGUAUCACCACGGUCCGUGCCAUGGUGAAACUUGCACUCCUGUAGAUCUGAAAUAAUUGGAUGGUGAAACAACCAGAAAAGCAAGGCGAAGCAAUUCAGGCAUUCUUGAAAGUCAGGACAUUGAUUCUGCAAAUAAAUAUUAUUUUUAUAGUUGAACAGCAGAUUUAGGGAGCAGUAGGCAUUUAGAAAUAAAUGUGGAGUGGAGGUUCAUAGUUUCGUGAUAACAUCACGUGCCCCGCGUCCCUUCAAAAUUAUUCGGCAAUCAUCAUUUAUUCGAAAAACACUGUUUCCAUCAUCAUUUGUCACAAUAAAUAAAGUUCAACAAAAGAAGUUAGACCAAAGAAAAAUCCACCCCUACUGAACUUAUAAAAAUGUUGUCGAUCUUUAGAAAAGUAUUCUCCUAUAGCUGCCGUUUCCAUUACACAUUGCAAUGUAAUUUUUUUGUACAUUGCUUUUGUCAAAUAUACUGCCUGUAUGCUGCCAGGAUCCCCUCCAUUUACAAUGGGAGUGUUCAAUAAGCUCAACUGUUAGGAAUAGGUGCUCUCCAAGGGCCUGACUGUUUAGUGCUACUGAUGGUGCUCACAAGGUCCUGACUGCUUAGCCCAACUGGUGGUGCUGAAUGGACAGCUGUCAUGGGGGCUAUUUAGGAAGGCAUAACAUUGCAGAAAUCAGAUAGAAAUGCAUUGGGUAGAACCAACAUUAUCCUCUGUUAUAUGGAAUAUUGAUAUAUAUCAGCUCUGUAUAUUUGAUUUAUAUCUGACACAUUCUGAACAUUUCACCUCACUAAAACCUCCCACUGACUCCCUGACGCCACACAGUUCUACAAAUCUGAAAAUCACAAUAUAAUCUCUCUGUUCCCUUGUUACUAAUUCAACACAAAAACAACAUUUUAAGUGAGAAAUAAAUGCCUAACUAUAGGCAAAUUAUUAAUUGAGUGGUUAUGCAUUAAAAUGGAUCAAGGCAUAAUUAUGGAUUAGAUGCAAUUACGACAGUGUCUGGUGUUUAAUGUGGGGAGGCACACACUUUACAUCAUUACGUUUCUCCUCCCUGAAGAGUAGUUAGAAAAGUGAAUUUGAACACAAACUACUGUAACAACAUCAUCCAUUUAACUGUGCAUUUCACUAAUAUGAGGUACAGUGGCUUGCAAAAGUAUUCACCCCCCCCAUUUUUCCUAUUUUGUUGCCUUACAACCUGGAAUUAAAAUUGAUUUUUGGGGGUUUGUAUUAUUUGAUUUACACAACAUGCCUACCACUUUGAAGAUGCAAAUAUUUUUUCUUGUGAAACAAACAAGACAUAAGACCAAAAAAAAGAAAACUUGAGCGUGCAUAACUAUUCACCCCCCCCCCCAAAGUCAAUACUUUGUAGAGCCACCUUUUGCAGCAAUUACAGCUGCAAGUCUCUUGGGGUAUGUCUCUAUAAGCUUGACACAUCUAGCCACUGGGAUUUUUGCCCAUUCUUCAAGGCAAAACUGCUCCAGCUCCUUCAAAUUGAAUGGGUUCCGCUGGUGUACAGCAAUCUUUAAGUCAUACCACAGAUUCUCAAUUGGAUUGAAGUCUGGGCUUUGACUAGGCCAUUCUAAGACAUUUAAAUGUUUCCCCUUAAACCACUCAAGUGUUGCUUUAGCAGUAUGCUUAGGGUCAUUGUCCAGCUGAAAGGUGAACCUCCAUCCCAGUCUCAAAUCUCUGGAAGACUGAAACAGGUUUCCCUCAAGAAUUUCCCUGUAUUUAGCGCCAUCCAUCAUUCCUUCAAUUCUGACCAGUUUCCCAGUCCCUGCCGAUGAAAAACAUCCCCACAGCAUGAUGCUGCCACAACCAUGCUUCACUGUCGGGAUUGUGUUCUCGGGGUGAUGAAAGGUGUUGGGUUUGCGCCAGACAUAGUGUUUUCCUUGAUGGACAAAAAGCUCAGAGUACCUUCUUCCAUAUGUUUGAGGAGUCUCCCACAUGCCUUUUGGCGAACACCAAACGUGUUUGCUUAUUUAUUUCUUUAGCAAUGGCUUUUUUCUGGCCACUCUUCCGUAAAGCCCAGCUCUGUGGAGUGUACGGCUUAAAGUGGUCCUAUGGACAUAUACUCCAAUCUCCGCUGUGGAGUUUUGCAGCUCCUUCAGGGUUAUCUUUGGUCUAUUUGUUGCCUCUCUGAUUAAUGCCCUCCUUGCCUGGUCCGUGAGUUUUGGUGGUUAGCGGCCCUCUCUUGGCAGGUUUGUUGUGGUGCCAUAUUCUUUCAAUUUUUUAAUAAUGGAUUUAAUGGUGCUCCAUGUUCAAAGUUCAAAGUUUCAGAUAUUUUCUUAUAACCCAACCCUGAUCUGUACUUCUCCACAACUUUGUCCCUGACCUGUUUGGAGAGCUCCUUGGUCUUCAUGGUGCCGCUUGCUUGUUGGUGCCCCUUGCUUAGUGGUGUUGCAGACUCUGGGGCCUUUCAGAACAAGGGUAUAUAUACACUGAGAUCAUGUGACAGAUCAUGUGACACUUAGAUUGAACACAGGUGGACUUUAUUUAACUAAUUAUGUGACAUCUGAAGGUAAUUGGUUGCACCAGAUCUUAUUUAGGGGCUUCAUAGCAAAGGGGGUGAAUACAUAUGCACGCACCCCUUUUCCAUUAUUUAUUUUUUUGAAUUUUUUUAAACAAGUAAUUUUUUUCAUUUCACUUCACCAAUUUGGAUAGGAAAAUAGGAAAAACACCAAGGGGGAUGAAUACUUUUGCAAGGCACUGUAUAUUCUAACAAAAAUGACUGUUUUUAAGGUGUAUAUCUUUUGUAAUCUACAUUGAUCUAAAUGAGAAUGAAGAAAAUGUAUAUUGCAUUAUCUGUGCAUUAGGUCCUGUGGAAGUUGUUUGUUUAUAUUAGCCCUGGGUUUUAGUCUCAGGCAGGUCUUGUGUAGCACAGUUCUCCUCUGCCUCUGCCUGCCAGUCCACAUUUAGGAGAUACAGUGGGGAGAACAAGUAUUUGAUACACUGCCGAUUUUGCAGGUUUUCCUACUUACAAAGCAUGUAGAGGUCUGUAAUUUUUAUCAUAGGUACACUUCAACUGUGAAAGACGGAAUCUAAAAAAAAAAAUCCAGAAAAUCACAUUGUAUGAUUUUUAAGUAAUUAAUUUCCAUUUUAUUGCAUGACAUACAGUGAGGGAAAAAAGUAUUUGAUCCCCUGCUGAUUUUGUACGUUUGCCCACUGACAAAGAAAUUAUCAGUCUAUAAUUUUAAUGGUAGGUUUAUUUGAACAGUGAGAGACAGAAUAACAAGUAGAAAAAAAUUGAGACAGGAGAAGUAGAGCGAGAGGCAGUGGAGGGAUUCAUCUUUACCUGUGGAGGAGAUUAAGGGUCUGGAUUGUGUGUGAUUAAUGAGUGGGCUGCUGAUUGCUCAUCUUCUCUUUCCCUCCAUGAAUUACCAGCACACUCGCCAACUGACACAUUCAGAUCCCUCAAAUUGAGAGAGAGAGGAGAGAGAGAGAGAAAGAAAGAGAGACGAGAGAUAGAGAGAUAGAGAGAGAAGAGGUGAGAUGAGAAGAGAGAGAGAGAGAUGCUCGCGAUAGAGAGAGCGAGACAGCGCUCUUAGAGCUAGCGCUCAUCUCUUCUACUCUCUCUAUCUAUCUGCAGAUCCGCUCGCCUCUCUCUCUCUAAUAGAUCUCUCGAUCUCCUAGAUCGCUCUCUCGUCGCUCGCUAGCAUAGAUUCCGCUCGUAGCCUCGCUCGGGCGCUCGCUCGCUCUUCUCUAGUAGCUCGAUAGAUAGAUAAUCUCGAUACAGUGGGGAAAAAAGUAUUUAGUCAGCCACCAAUCGUGCAUGUUCUCCCACUUAAAAAGAUGAUAGAGGCCUGUAAUUUUCAUCAUAGGUACACGUCAACUAUGACAGACAAAUUGAGAAAAAAAAAAUCAGAAAAUCACAUUGUAGGAUUUUUUAUGAAUUUAUUUGCAAAUUAUGGUGGAAAAUAAGUAUUUGGUCACCUACAAACAAGCAAGAUUUCUGGCUCUCACAGACCUGUAACUUCUUCUUUAAGAGGCUCCUCUGUUCUCCACUCGUUACCUGUAUUAAUGGCACCUGUUUGAACUUGUUAUCAGUAUAAAAGACACCUGUCCACAACCUCAAACAGUCACACUCCAAACUCCACUAUGGCCAAGACCAAAGAGCUGUCAAAGGACACCAGAAACAAAAUUGUAGACCUGCACCAGGCUGGGAAGACUGAAUCUGCAAUAGGUAAGCAGCUUGGUUUGAAGAAAUCAACUGUAGGAGCAAUUAUUAGGAAAUGGAAGACAUACAAGACCACUGAUAAUCUCCCUCGAUCUGGGGCUCCACGCAAGAUCUCACCCCGUGGGGUCAAAAUGAUCACAAGAACGGUGAGCAAAAAUCCCAGAACCACACGGGGGGACCUAGUGAAUGACCUGCAGAGAGCUGGGACCAAAGUAACAAAGCCUACCAUCAGUAACACACUACGCCGCCAGGGACUCAAAUCCUGCAGUAUCAGACGUGUCCCCCUGCUUAAGCCAUACAUGUCCAGGCCCGUCUGAAGUUUGCUAGAGUGCAUGUGGAUGAUCCAGAAGAGGAUUGGGAGAAUGUCAUAUGGUCAGAUGAAACCAAAAUAUAACUUUUUGGUAAAAACUCAACUCGUCGUGUUUGGAGGACAAAGAAUGCUGAGUUGCAUUCAAAGAACACCAUACUUACGGUGAAGCAUGGGGGUGGAAACAUCAUGCUUUGGGGCUGUUUUUCUGCAAAGGGACCAGGACGACUGAUCCGUGUAAAGGAAAGAAUGAAUGGGGCCAUGUAUCGUGAGAUUUUGAGUGAAAACCUCCUUCCAUCAGCAAGGGCAUUGAAGAUGAAACGUGGCUGGGUCUUUCAGCAUGACAAUGAUCCCAAACACACCGCCCGGGGCAUUUCAAGGUCCUGGAGUGGCCUAGCCAGUCUCCAGAUCUCUACCCCAUAGAAAAUCUUUGGAGGGAGUUGAAAGUCCGUGUUGCCCAGCGACAGCCCCAAAACAUAACUGCUCUAGAGGAGAUCUGCAUGGAGGAAUGGGCCAAAAUACCAGCAACAGUGUGUGAAAACCUUGUGAAGACUUACAGAAAACGUUUGACCUGUGUCAUUGCCAACAAAGGGUAUAUAACAAAGUAUUGAGACACUUUUGUCAUUGACCAAAUACUUAUUUUCCCCCAUAAUUUGCAAAUAAAUUCAUUAAAAAUCCUACAAAAAGAUUUUUUUUUCUCAUUUUGUCUGUCAUAGUUGACGUGUACCUAUGAUGAAAAUUACAGGCCUCUCUCAUCUUUUUAAGUGGGAGAACUUGCACAAUUGGUGGCUGACUAAAUACUUUUUUUCCCCACUGUAGAUAGAUAGAUAGAUAGAUAGAUAGAUAGAUAGAUAGAUAGAUAGAUAGAUAGAUAGAUAGAUAGAUAGAUAGAUAGAUAGAUAGAUAGAUAGAUAGAUAGAUAGAUAGAUAGAUAGAUAGAUAGAUAGAUAGAUAGAUAGAUAGAUAGAUAGAUAGAUAGAUAGAUAGAUAGAUAGAUAGAUAGAUAGAUAGAUAGAUAGAUAGAUAGAUAGAUAUAUUAAAAUGCAAAUCAAUUUAUAACAUAUUUGACAUACGUUUUUCUGGAUUUUUUGUUGUUAUACUGUCUCUCACUGUUCAACUAAACCUACCAUUAAAAUUAUAGACUGAUCAUUUCUUUGUCAGCUGGCAAACGUACAAAAUCAGCAGGGGAUCAAAUCAUGUUUUCCCUCACUGUAAGUAUUUGAUCACCUACCAACCAGUAAGAAUUCCGGCUCUCACAGACCUGUUAGUUUUUCUUGAAGAAGCCCUCCUGUUCUCCACUCAUUACCUGUAUUAACUGCACCUGUUUGAACUCGUUGCCUGUAUAAAAGACACCUGUCCACACACUCAAUCAAACAGACUCCAACCUCUCCACAAUGGCCAAGACCAGAGAGCUGUGUAAGGACAUCAGGGAUAAAAUUGUAGACCUGCACAAGGCUGGGAUGGGCUACAGGACAAUAGGCAAGCAGCUUGGUGAGAAGGCAACAACUGUUGGUGCAAUUAUUAGAAAAUGGAAGAAGUUCAAGAUGACAGUCAAUCACCCUCGGUCUGGGGCUCCAUGCAAGAUCUCACCUCGUGGGGCAUCAAUGAUUAUGAGGAAGGUGAGGGAUCAGCCCAGAACUACAUGGCAGGAACUGGUCAAUGACCUGAAGAGAGCUGGGACCACAGUCUCAAAGAAAACCAUUAGUAACACACUACGCCGUCAUGGAUUAAAAUCCUGCAGCACACGCAAGGUCCCCCUGCUCAAGCCAGCGCAUGUCCAGGCCCGUCUGAAGUUUGCCAAUGACCAUCUGGAUGAUCCAGAGGAGGAAUGGGAGAAGGUAAUGUGGUCUGAUGAGACAAAAAUAGAGCUUUUUGGUCUAAACUCCACUCGCCGUGUUUGGAGGAAGAAGAAGGAUGAGUACAACCCCAAGAACACCAUCCCAACCGUGAAGCAUGGAGGUGGAAACAUCAUUCUUUGGGGAUGCUUUUCUGCAAAGGGGACAGGACGACUGCACCGUAUUGAGGGGAGGAUGGAUGGGGCCAUGUAUCGCGAGAUCUUGGCCAACAACCUCCUUCCCUCAGUAAGAGCAUUGAAGAUGGGUCGUGGCUGGGUCUUCCAGCAUGACAACGACCCGAAACACACAGCCAGGGCAACUAAGGAGUGACUCCGUAAGAAGCAUCUCAAGGUCCUGGAGUGGCCUAGCCAGUCUCCAGACCUGAACCCAAUAGAAAAUCUUUGGAGGGAGCUGAAAGUCCGUAUUGCCCAGCGACAGCCCCGAAACCUGAAGGAUCUGGAGAAGGUCUGUAUGGAGGAGUGGGCCAAAAUCCCUGCUGCAGUGUGUGCAAACCUGGUCAAGACCUACAGGAAACAUAUGAUCUCUGUAAUUGCAAACAAAGGUUUCUGUACCAAAUAUGAAGUUCUGCUUUUCUGAUGUAUCAAAUACUUAUGUCAUACAAUAAAAUGCAAAUUAAUUACUUAAAAAUCAUACAAUGUGAUUUUCUGGAUUUUUGUUUUAGAUUCCGUCUCUCACAGUUGAAGUGUACCUAUGAUAAAAAUUACAGACCUCUACAUGCUUUGUAAGUAGGAAAACCUGCAAAAUCGGCAGUGUAUCAAAUACUUGUUCUCCCCACUGUACAUGGAGAGAGCUCAAGAGAGCGGGAUCAAAGAGGACAGCGAGAAGGAGGCAGAGAGGGAGGGAGAGAUGAGAGGAGGAAACUGAAAGAGAGACUGGCACAUGAUCUUUGACACGGCAUGGGAAAGCAGCUGUCUGACACAUGCGUCCUUCACUCCUGCCACUGUGUUGUGAAGAUUGCCUUGUGAUCAAGGCAUAAUGCAGCAACAGCAGCAGCAAUAGUGUGACGAGGGAGGGAUGGAUGUGAGUGUGAGAACAUGCCAUAGAUCACAAAAGGCUGUGAGUACUAGCGUCAGAGAGCUGCCUCUCAUGAUAGCACUGUGCCCUGGGACACAUCACCUUUACCUGAUACAUCUAACACACACACACACACACAUGCACAUGCACACACACACACACACACACACACACACUAGUGCUACCGUCAGAGAGGGCUGCCUCUGAUGAUACCACUCACUGUGUCCUGGGAUACAUGACCUUCAUCUGACACUGUAGAUCUCUGGGAACAGAACAGAGAGGAUUCAGUCAAAGCAUAUUUUCAGGAAGUGUUGUUGUGAUGUCAUCAAAAGGGUUCUGGCGUCAAUGGCUUCUGUUAGUGAGAAGUGGUCGUGCAGGUAGGUGGCUACUUAGAUUAUCUUUGUUUAUUCAUUUAGAAAAGGACAGAGAGUGCAUUUUUAGGUGGAAGGAUGAAACAGCCAUGGAAAAUGUGUAUCAGUGUAGAAAUGUGUGGCUGAGCUAGCACUUGUCUUUUCUGCUCAUCUCUAACACAGCGAAUGGGAGCGAGCUCCACAUUGGCAGUGUACGCUAUGAGGACACAGGCGCCUACACCUGCAUUGCUAAGAAUGAGGUGGGGGUGGACGAGGACAUAUCGUCUCUGUUUGUAGAGGACUCAGCCAGAAAGACACGUAAGUGACUGAAAGUAGAACAUGGGAAAAUGCCUCCGGGAUUUUCAAAAGCUAGUUUUGGCAAUGAAAAUGUAGACAGUAAUUAGCAUAAUGUAAUAUCGGCAUUCAAUUAACAAAAAUAUGAAGUUGAAGAAAGUGUCAGAAACAGGUCCAAGAAGUUAUAACAAAUCAAUUAUAAUGCUCUGUAUCUGAUUUAUUGUAUGGUAUCUGUAUAUACAGUAUAUGUGUAUAUAUAUAUUUUUUACAGCCUUUGGGUUUAGACUCUCUCAAAUGCAAUUAAAAAAUCUAGAAUACAUUUAUGUUGUUGUGAUAAUACAGUAUCUCUGCCUCUGUAAAGAAGCACUCUUGCUAAAUGUGUUUCUGUCCCACUUUUUCUGAUAUGACUUGAUAUGACAUGGUCUCUCUCUCUCUCUCCCUCCUCUGUGUCCCUUUCUCCCUCGUUCUUCUGUCAUUCUGAUGCUGAUGCUGCAGUUGCAAACAUACUGUGGAGGGAGGAAGGUAUUAAAAUCUACUGUUGUUUAACACUUUUCACCAUGUCUUUUUUCAGUUCUUUUCAAUUCACUUCUAUAAUUGACUAGGUUCAUUAAAUGCAGUAUAUACACAUUAUGUGUACGUGUUCUUGCUGAAAACAUUAUUUUACAAGACUUGACCAUGAAAAUAUACAUACAAUUAAAACAGUUUUGCUACAGGCCUGCCUCGACAUUUCAGCACACAUAACUCUUCCUCAGAACAGUAUAAUCUAGUUGUGACACCAAAAUGUGUGUAUGAGAAUAACUGUUUUGGGCUGAUUAGAGAGUAGAGAGAGUCCCACUGUUUGAAUCCUGUCCACCCCCGAUGCAGACUGUACCAGUGGCCGUCACGUCGUGACUGUGUCAGCAGCACUCAAGGUGUUGAUUUCACCUCGUUUUUCAAUAUGAUGUAACCUGCCAUCCAUCCCCACACAAUGUGCUUUUCCAAAGCAUGAAUAGCGGUUGUCUAAUUAACAGUUGUUUAGAGUCAGGUAACUGGCCUGCAAAAUGUUCUCGCGCUCAUAGCGGCUAUCAAGUUUGAGAAGACAGUCUCACAAUUCACUCGCUAGACAUGUUGUUGACAGAGACUGACUGUGCUGUCAAAAUGCCUGACAACGCCACCAGUCAUUCACCAGUUCAGGAGCUGCUAACAGGGUCUGUGUAUUUUCUGUUAGGCUCUUGAAUGUGAGAAUGUCAGCUGAAGCUAUUUGUAUGUCCUAUCUCCCCAGGGUUGAGCGUAGGGAACAUGUUCUAUGUGUUUUCUGAUGAGGGCAUCACGGUGCUGCAGCCCAGCGAGUGUGAGAUACGCAGACACAUCAAGCGCACAGAGAGGAUCAUGGCCAGCUAUGUGAGUACAUACUGUACAUGUUUUAGAGGAUAAUGAUUCAGGUAUUUGUGGACUUUUUAUGACUUGAGAUUAUAUUAAAGAUAUGCUAAACCACAGGGAAUAAGCCACACUCUGUCACGAUCGUCGUAUUGAAUAGACCAAGGCGCAGCGUGAUGAACGAACAUGUUUAACUUUAUUAUCUUUAGUGAUAAUAGACAACCAUAAACAAAAACAAGAAACGACUCGUGAAGUCCACGGUAACAAUGACCAACACGGAACAAAAACCCACAAACACAAAGGGAAAACAGACAGUUUAAAUAUGGCUCCCAAUCAGAGACAACCAACGACAGCUGACACUCGUUGCCUCUGAUUGGGAGUCACUCUAGCCAACAUAUAAAUAAACACAACAGAAUGAACACACCCUGGCUCAACAUAUAGAGUCCCAGAGCCAGGGUGUGACACACUCCUACAGAUAUACAGAUGUACACACACCCCCCCCCACUCCACUACAACCCAUUGCCAGUAUCUGUGCCCUCCGUUCACUAAAUGUUAUGGGAUUACGCAUGUCCAUUAGUCAAAAACCCCAAAUCAAUAGCUCACAGUAACCCUGCACGUCUGUAAUAUACUGUACUAGAGAACAUCGCUCUCCCAAAGUAAUGGGCUUUAGUUGGUAAAAGUGGCUUGUUUCUCUGAGGGAUUUAAGUUGUACAGGUUGCUGUAAUUGUAUUACAGAUCGAUACAAACUCAAUAAGGCAUGUGUUAGCCCGUUGCUGCUGUAAACAGCAUUUUCUCUGCUACAUGAUGGCCCUAUCCUGUGUGUGGAAGCUAUGUGAUUAACUGUGGAUUCACCACUCUCCCUUCUAUUCUGCUUCUUCUUCUUCUUCUUCGUCAUCUUCUUCUCAUCUUUCGUUCUUCCCUUCUCUCUCUUCCUCCAUCCCGUUCUUUCUCCAGGAGGAGAUGUGCCCUAAAAGUGAAGGUGUGUCUCCGGAGCACUGUGUGUGGUCCUCAGCGGUCAGUGUGAGGGAUAAGUACAUUUACGUCACCCAGCCCUUUCAGAAACGCCUGCUGGUCAUCGACACCCAGGCCCAGAAUGUGGUGCAGGUUGGUUGGUAUUAUUAAUUUUCUCUAUGAGCUGUUUAGAGAGUGGUCCCCCAAGGCUUUUACACAGGUCACCAAUAGGUAGAGAGAGGGAGCAAAGAGAGGGAGAGGAAAGAAGAGGGCCUAAAACAGAUAAGCUAGUGGUUUCCCAAUCGCCAAGCUCUGUCACACUUCUCCACUGGUGUGUGUGAGGGCAGGGGGUUAAUGCAUCAUCCCUUUUCUCUCUCCCUCCAUCUCUCUCUGCCUGCCUCACCCUCCCUCCAUCUCUCUCAGCCUGCCUCACCCUCCCUCCACUUCUAUCUCAGCCAUCUCCACUCGUUACAGAGACGUUUCUGGGAGACAGAAAUAACACCCUGAUUGUGCUCAUAUUUUGACUUAACAACAGCAACAUCUAGCUCACAGUUACGAAACAGUCAUUUUCAAUUACUGUCACGCUGCAUGAUAAUAGAUACUGAACAAUAUAAAAAAAAGUAAUAUAACUAUUUAGCUGGAGAAAUGCUGUAAACAUAAAAUGGCUGUAAAAUAAGAGUGAGUGAGAUAUGUCUGUAACAAACUAGGAGUAUACGGGGGGUGGUGAGCAGUCAGUUGCCUGUAUGUCUCAUUAUUUGGUGUACUGCCCCCCCCCCCCCCCACUCCCACAUCCCCCUCCUCUGACAUGUGAGUGACAGCAUGAGAGUCAGAGUCCCCCCUCCUCUGAGGGUCUCAGAGUGGGAGUGCUGUUGACACAUAGCUGACCAGUGGAAAAGAAAUAGGCUGGCCUCCCAUUACUGAACACAUGCCUCUGUCGCGCUUCACUGGGGGUGGGGGUGGGGAAGGGAGGGGGGUCGGCACAAGUCACACUGCAUGUCCAUGGGAGCGGGUAACUGAUUGUGCUAUUCCUCAUUGUUGACAAUAUACCCAGCCCCCUUCUGUGUAUUACUGUCUCUCUCUCUUUCUCUUUCUCUCUCUCAAGAUGGUAGAGACUGACCCUUUCCCAGUGAAACUGCUCUAUGACAAGUCACAUGACCAGGUCUGGGUGCUAAGCUGGGGCAGCAUGCAGAAGUCCCACCCAACCUUACAGGUAAGGAGUUAUUGGUGUGCACUUGUGUAUUUUGGUCCAUUCAUGUGUGUGUGUGUGUGUGUGUGUGUGUGUGUGUGUGUGUGUGUGUGUGUGUGUGUGUGUGCGUGCGUGCGCAUGCGCAUGUGUGUAUGAGCGAGUAUUUGUUUGUGUGACUAUUUUAUCUAUGUAUGUUUUACCAGUCAGCAAACUCUAAUUCACAGCUGUGGCACUGUAGACAUGGGAUCCAGUCCCUUGUUGAGGAUGUGUUGGAGACUUCAGACUUGAGGGAUGAUCACAGGCCCCCGGGGGAGGUGGGGGGGGGGGGGGGGGGGUGAUUUGGCCAAUGGGAGCUGGGACCUAAUAAAAUAAUAAAUAAUAUUUAUAGGGCUGAGGUAACCGAGGACAGCAGCACAGCGUACUACAACUGUUGAGGGACUACAUUGUCAUUUUCCUCUUCCUUUGGAAUCCUAUUAAAAUCUUGUGAGGUGCUCUGUCUGUCAGUAGUCAAUACGUGAAAACAGCCUUAUUAGCAAGGGAGAGGAUGUGAGCACUUGUCAGGUUGGGCUCAUUGUGAAAUCCUAAUGUGUUCUCACUACCAAGCGAGACGCAAUGGGCCUCAAAUAAAGAGGAGGUGAGGCGGUUUUGAAAGGCACUUUUCUAUCUCAAACAAAGUGAUUUUCUACUCAUUCUUCAAAUUGUUGUAAAUUCUCAAACGGCUCUGCAUAAGCGUUCGGGUGAAUUGUCAGAACUACUCAAACACGCCUGGUGUUCUGUUGUCGCUCAAUAGUAAUGAAUAAUUACAAAAUGAGGCGUGAGUCAUUCAGUCCAAAAUUCAAUUUCAGGCAAUCUGCAUAACUGACUGUAGGGCAUAUGGAUCACACGGCAAAUAAAUGCCUUGAUAAUGUCAUUAUUAUUUGGAAUGCAAGUAAUUGACCUGAGCACUGACAGUCGUCCAUUCUCCAAUUCAAUAUUUAAACACCUUAUUUUUUGCUAGCUCAAUAUCUCUAAGCAAACGUCCGAGUGAGAUUGUCAAUUCAUUAGAUAAAACAAAUGAAGGAGCAGGGAUGUUGAAAUGGGAGGGAUAGCCUUUCUAACUGUCAGACUGGUCUCAUGUCGACGUAUGCACGUGCCGAUCCUGGCUAUUCAGAGCAAUUGAGGCAGAAGUAAUAUAAUAAUCUAUAUGCAAUUUAGCAGAUGCUUUUAUCCAAAGCGCCUUACAGUAAUGCGUGCAGACAUUUUACGUAUGGGUGGUCCCAGGAAUCAAACCCUCUAUCCUGGCAUUGCAAGCACCAUGCUCUACCAACUGAGCUACAGAAGACCACAGAGAGAGAAAUGUGCGGUUUCAGGCACGUGCACAGAUAGAGGUCUAAGGGUGCCUGAGUACCUGCUCUUUUUCCCUCCUAUGAGAAAAGUGCCCUUUUUGUAUUAUUACAUUUUUAUUUCACUUUAAGUCUAUUUUCUCUCUUGUUAUUUAAAUUAGUUGCCCAUCAAACCAGCUAAUUUAAAAACAAAUGUAUCUUGUUCCACAUGUAAGCACGAAUUGCACUCGUCCUGCUGGCAGAAGCUACCAGUGCCAAACGGUAGCGUAGUAGCUAGUGGCUCCCUUUUGAGUUGUCAUCUCACUGUCAGGAACAGGAAAGGCUUCAAUUUGAGUGUUUGUUAGUAGGCCUAAGAGCCAGAUGUCAGCAGCAGAACAAACCAAAUAUGGGUAGCUGAGGCCCAAUAUGGCGACCGGAGUAAGGGCGAGUGGGUGUGUGGAAGGCAAAUCAGCUAAUCGGACAGAUUUAUUGGCACUCAAGACCGUUUCGCGUGGCUGAUUGGGCUGCACGACGAGUCGAUAAGCCGGUGCGAAUGACUAGUGCACCAGUGUUGUAUCGGCGUGCCUGCCGAACAGAAUUGCUUCCCACUGGGCAGCUGUAUCACGUCGCCACCGGCGGUAGCUAACGUGGUCAUUUUUUUCCCUCCCAUGAUUUUAUUUCAAUUAGGAUAACAGCCUACACAAGAAAUAACUCAUCUUGAUAACCAUCUAGAUGUCACCUUGAUACAUACAUACAGUCUGCUACUCAAUGGUGAGAGCGUGAAUGGCAACAACACUGCUUGCCAAGCACUACUGUCCGGCAACGGCUUGGGUGACAGUCACAGUAAGCACGGGCAAACAACGCAAACAAGCAACAGUACACCCAUCAUCAGUACUUUUAAUCAAAAAUAAACAAUUGUCUGUUUUAUAACUGAAAAUGUAUAAUUAUUUGUAUAAAACUAACAGUGAAAUAUAACUCAGACUCAUCCUCUGGCUUCAAAAUAGAAGUCCAAACUCUCGCGGUACGGUAGCUCAAUGUACAGUAAUUGCGCGGUAAGAAAAAAACACCCACUCCUUUCCAUACACCCACUACUUUCCUUUCGACACACCCACUCCUUUCCAUACGCCCACUAUUUUCCUUUCGACACACCCACUCGCUCAUACUUCGGUCGCCAUAUUGUGCUGCAGCUACCCCCUUCUCGAACAAACUUCAACCAUAGGUUAAUACUAGUUAGAUCGUUUCAACAGCAUAGCUAACUAGCUGAUUUACAUCAUCUACAUUUGCUAUGAUCAGCUGAUGGCCCACCCCUCUUUGCCUUCUCUUUGAUCAGUCGGCUAUAAGCUUGCUUACAGUGGGAUGAGUGUGAUUUUGCAGGAAAUAAAGGCUACAAUAUAACACAAUGCCACAGAUGUCUCAAGUUUUGAGGGAGCGUGCAAUUGGCAUCCUGACUGCAGGUAUGUCCACCUGAGCUGUUGCCAGAGAAAGUAAUGUUCAUUUCUCUACCAUAAGCCACCUCCAACGUCGUUUUAGAGAAUUUGACAGUACGUCCAACCGGCCUCACAACUGCAAACCACGUGUAACCACGCCAGCCCAGGACAUCCACAUCUGGCUUCUUCACCUGUGGGAUCGCCUUAGGCCAGCCACCCGGACAGCUGAUGUCUGUAAUAAACUCAUUCUGAUUGGCUGGGCCUGGCUCCCCAGUGGGCCUGGGAGGGCAUAGGCCCACCCACUUGGGAGCCAGGCCCACCCAUGGCUGAGCCCCUGCCCAGUCAUGUAAAAUCCAUACAUUAGGGCUUAAUGAUUUUAUUUCAAUUGACUGAUUUCCUUAUAUGAACUCAGUAAAAUCGUUGAAAUUGUUGUAUGUUGCGUUUAUAUUUUUGUUCAGUAUAUAUGUUGAAAUUUGGCUACAGGAACAUUAGAUAAUUACCUAUGAAACUAGGGUUUAGAAACAUGGUGACAUGAGUUUACAACAUAUAACAGUGGCAAGAUGUUGCAAUAUGUUGAAACCUCAGCAUGUUCAAAAGAUGCAACUGUAAUAGAUACUUGGAUAAUGGAAUUGGCCAGUAGAGGCCUACCAGUUGGAUAUUAGUAAGUAAGUAGCUUUGCACGAUCCUAUCUCCUGUUUCUGUAGCGUGAGGCAGCUUGAUGUACAAGUACACCCCCUGGAGAGGACGCAGGUCUAUAGCAGGAGUUGGAUAUUAGUCUAAACUUAAAUGUAGCUUGGAUUUAUUGUACCAUUUCACAUUACUUCACCCUUAUAAUAUAAUGUAAGAACAGUGUAAUAUUCUUGUAAAGUGGGGACCUAUAGGAUAUAUAAAGCAUUUCUUAAUAACAUUGAGAUCCUCCAGUCUGCCUUGAAAUGAGUACAGUUCAAUAUAAAAGGUACUCAGUCAGUACAAACCAAUUUCCCUUCAGGUAUUAAAGCACAGUAGGUGUAAUACAGGAGAGAAAAUGAUAGCCGAGGUAAAAUACAGUAACACGGUGCAUAUGAUCCUUAUGUGCCAGGGUGGUGGUGUGAAGUUCAGAGCACCCUGAGCCUGUGAGAGCAUUACUUCCUAAUUAGCCAUUAGUUAUAUGAGCUCAUUAACUCUUGACCAAUGUAACAGUGUAACAUUUCUAAUGACCUUUUUUAACAAGGUUUCUCUCCAAACCCUGGAGGGAGAGAAGUACGGGGAUACUGUAUCUGUUUUGUUAAAGUCGUGGCUCUGUAGCUCUAUUGACUGCAGUGACAAGGGGCUCUGCAUGAAAGCUUUUGUUAAUUAUCAAUAUAGUUCACUCAUAGAAAGACUGCAAAAUCCAAAAUCAGGCCCCCACUGACAAUGUGAUGGUGUUAGGGCUUUAGUGGGGAUGGUACAGACUUCAGAUUAGUGUCUAUAGUUGUUUUUCCUUUUAUACAAAUACCUUCUACAUGAAAUAUUUACUGGGGUUCCUUAAACAAGCAGAGCUAUGCAGUGGUUACAUAAACAGCCCACUAGUCCUUGACAGUGACCUGGUAACGAAGAGUACCUGAUGAAGCAUUUGUUAUGUACAUACUGGGUGGGGCCAAUAGAGUGGAUGGAUAGAUCGUCCAAUGAGAAAUGGAUGAGUCAGACCUAAAGAUAGCGGCUUAAUCUGUGUGUAUCUUCUAAAGCAGUGUUUCCCAAACUCGGUCCUGGGGACCCCAAGGGGUGAACGUUUUGGUUUUUGCCCUUGCACUACACAGCUGAUUCAAAUAAUCAAAGCGUAAUGAUGAGUUGAUUUUUUGAAUUAGCCAAUAAGAUCCUCUAUCAGGUCUUGAGGUGAGGCCAUAUUUCAUCAGCUUAACUAUACUGCCCAAUAGAAUACAGUGAGCUCCAAACGUAUUGGGACAGUGACACAUUUCUGUUGUUUGUUUUGGCUCUGUACUCCAGCACUUUGGAUUUGACUAUGAGGUUAAAGUGCAGACUGUAAGCUAGUGCUGAGCGAUUAGUGCUUUUUGAGGUCAGUUCGGUUUUGGUUCGAUUAUAAAACAAUUAUCACGGUUUUCAAUUUCGGUUUAGAUAAAAAAUGUUUUACAUUAAAUGCGUUAUGAAAUAAUGACAUUAAAAUGAUUAGAGCUUUUAAAUGCAAAUGCAAAAGUCAAAAAUAGUGAACAUUCAAUUGCUAUGAAAUAUUAAAAUAUUUAAGUUGUGUAUAUUCAUUCGUUUUAUUUAAUGACUUGAUAAUUCUUAAUUUCAUCAUCAUAUCUCGUGUCUGCUCAGGCAGCAGCAGAAAUGAAUGGUAAAUAAUGUAUUGUGUCAUUUUGGAGUCACUUUUAUUGUAAAUAAGAAUAGGAUUUGUUUCCAAACACUUCUACAUUAAUGUGGAUGCUACCAUGAUUACGAAUAGUCCUGAAUGAAUCGUGAAUAAUGAUGAGUGAGAAAGUUACAGACGCACAAAUAUCAUUACCCCAAAACAUGCUAACCUCUCACCAUUACAAUAACAGGGAAGGUUAGCAUUUUUGGCGGGGGUAGGAUAUUUGUACGUCUGUAACUUUCUCACUCAUCAUUAUUCACGAUUCAUUCAGGAAUAUCCGUAAUCAUGGUAGCAUCCACAUUCAUGUAGAAGUGUUUAGAAACAUAUUCUAUUCUUAGUUACAAUAAAAUGUACUCCAAAAUGACACAAUACAUUAUUUACCAUUCAUUUCUAUUGGGCAAACAGCAAAUGCAUCCAACAAGUUUACAGAUUCACAAGCUUGAUGUAAUCAUUGCGUGCUAGGAAUAUGGGACCAAAUACUAAACUUUUGACUACUGUAAUACACAUAUAAGUGAAUUUGUCCCAAUACUUUUGGUCCCCUAAAAUGGGGGACCAUGUACAAAAAGUGCUGUAAUUUGUGUGUCACUGUCCCAGUAAUUUUGGAGCUCACUGUAUAUGGCAACAUUACCUUCUGAGUGUUUCGCUGUUAUGUUAAGUACACGCUCCAACCCAUGCUUUCUUAUCCUGUUCUCUGGCCGGGUAGGUGAUACUUGUAUGUUUCCUGUUCUCAUGUUCUCCUUUGCCUGCUCUGUUCCAGGUGAUUCCCCAGGCCAGUGUUGGAGAGGUGCACCACACCCUCCGCACCCCCUUCCAGAGGGUUGAUGACUUCUUCAUCCCCCCAACCAACCUCAUUAUCACACACAUCAGGUACAGAAGGCCCGCUAACCUUAAACACUGGUGACCUCACCACCUCAUCUUCGCGAUCCCUCUCAAGUGGAGUAGAAAAGUGCAAAUUAUAAUUUAAUGAGAAUCCUGAUCGCACCGUAAUCAACCAAAAAAGACCAUUAACCUUUCCCUUGAACUUUGUCGUCUUAGGUUUGGCUUCGUCUUCCUCAAAUCUGAACCUGCGGUGCAUAAGAUUGACUUGGAGACCUUCCACCGAGUAAAGACCAUCAGCCUGAAGAACUACAGCUGUGUGCCCAUCAGCAUGGCCUACACACACCUGACUGGCUUUUACUUCAUUCAGUGCCGGUCUCAGAGCAGGGACCCCUCGUCAGCCCAGCCACAGCUCCUCAUCGACAGUGUCACCGACACUGUCAUUGGGCCCAACCUCAACAUCACGGGCCAGCCCUACGUGUCCCCGGACGGCCGCUACAUCAUCACCCCUGACCAGCAGUGCGGCAAGGUCAGAGUUCAGACAGUGUCCUUCCAGGGGGUGCUGGGUCUGAGCCGGGAGCUGGACACCUCCUUCAUUGUGUCCGACCUGGUCUUCCAGCCCUCCUUCACUAAGUCCAACCAGUACUCAGUGGUAGCUGCCUCUGGCUCAGGCACAGACCUGCUCAUCUCUGACCUGGCGACAGGGCACAGCGAGGUCCUCAGAAGCCUCAAGGAGCCCCUGUCACACCACACCUGGCCCUGGGGGGGGCCCAACAGGGUGGUGGUGUCCAGCGGACUGUUUGGCCUGUACUUGGUCACUCCCUCAGCGGAAUCCCUCUUUGUGUUGAAUGGCAAACUGAACACGCCCCACUGCGAGGUGUCAGACAUCAAGAGAGGGAACACAGUGGUGUGGGUGGGAGAGGUAUGA